GAAAGGAAUCACACAAGUUGACGAAACAACUGUUUUUUCCUUAGUGCAAUUCUUCGAUUUCUCCCUCAUAUAUAUCACACAAACAGAUGCUGUCUCCGCCUCCUCUGCAUAAUCCACUCUCCUUCACCCCCCUCCUCUCCCCCUCUACAUCGCCACUCUUUUCUCUCUCUACAAUCUUCCAAAAAUCUCAAAAUCCCAUCUAAAAUUUUUAUUCAAUCUUGUAACAGCUGAAUAAUAAUAAUAAUAAUAAUAAGAACAAGAACCGGUGGUGGUGAUGAAGGACGAUUGGAUAAGGACGGCGUUGACAGACGACACGGUGGUGGUGGACGUACUGUUCCGUCUCCGGAAGUCACCUUCAUAUGAACCGUUAAAGCCUUCUUUGCCGCCGCAAAAGUGGGGGCUCCGACAAGCGCGGUCCAAGCUGGUGACGAUGAGGAAAGAAUCAGCCACUACUACGAGUACGAGAUUUAGUCCUACCACUCCUCUGGCUUCGUGGAGUGGAGGCGCUACCUCUCCCAGUGACGGCGGCUAUGAUGAGUCGAGCCGACUCCCUUCCGAUCCAGCGUCCUCCGUCAGAUCCAAGGCAUUUUCUGAGCUCAAAGAGGAAGAUAGCUCGCUUUUGACGGAGAAACUUCAUUUAAGGAAGGAAUUAGCAUCGACCGCAUACAUGACUUUUCGUGAACAUAGUGCUUGGAGCCAUAAUGCAAAAAGAAUGAAGUUGGAUCUAAAUCUACAGUCAGCUAGUGUUUUGGGUACUUUUGAAGAGGCCAAACAAUACAACAACCAGAUGGAGGCAUCAACAAGUGAACAAAGACCGAGUCCAAGAUUUGAACUGUCUUCAUCUCAUUACUGCAAAUUAAAAAACAAAGAGAGAACAUCCAAAGGAGGGUUCAUUCUACCGGAUUUAAAUAUGAUGCCUUUGGAGGAAGAGAGUGGCUCGGAAUGUCUUUAUCAACUCGACUGACUGACCAGUGAAGGGCGACGAGCGUAUGAUGUUGAGUAAUGGUCCGAGCUGAUGCAUAUGGUUCAUGGGGAGAGCUGGAAAGUUACGACUCAGACAUGUUUUCAACUGCCUGAUGAUGAGUUGUAAAAGGUUGGUUACGGUCUUAGGAGGUAAUUGUAGAAUCUAAGGUUCAGAUCAUAUGUAGAAAUUUUUGACAUUUUUUAGCAGGUCCUUAUAAGGUUCUUUUUGUGUAAAACCUUAUUAUUAUUAUUUCUUUAGAAUAGAAUAGGAAUGCAACUUUAUUCUCAAAUAUUUGUGCGUUUCCCUUCUCUGAUCGAUCAUCAUUUGGAAGAA